AUGGUCUUUGAGAUACUCAAGCGUUACCGCAACCGCGACAGCGAACGCAACCGCGACAGUGACCGUGACCGCGACAGUGACCGUGACCGCGAUAGUGACCGUGACCGCGAACGCAACGAAGACCGCCGUGAACGUCGUGAUCGCAGCGAUAGCCUUGAACUUAAAAAUAUCCCUCGUGGCCGCGAAACCUACGAACACAACAUCAACCCGACUCUGGUCUUCGGACUAGAUCGCCUCCGCGAUGGCCUCGACCUUGUCUAUGGCCGCAACGCCUUCACUGUCUUUGGUGACAUCAUGCAGCUUACCGUCCGGGUCCGUCUUCCCAAGCCUGAGAACUUGGUCGCUCGUCUUCAGGAUGAGGGCUUUCUCCGUCGUGAGCCAGUUGAAGUACUCCCUCCGGCUGUGAAGAAUCAGAUCAAGGAAAACGGUUGGUACCAGAUGCGUCCUUAUGAUCAGGAGGAGUCUUAUGAAGGGUAA